AUGUUGAGAGCUAUCAGAAAUUUCUCCGCCUCCUCGGUGGCCAAGCAAGUGAUAGGUAACGCGAAGGGAGAGACCGCCAAUGCCACGAAAUAUUUGGGACAAAAGUACCAUGUCAUCGAUCAUGAAUACGAUUGUGUUGUCGUAGGCGCUGGUGGCGCUGGUCUUAGAGCAGCCUUCGGAUUAGCUGAAGCAGGUUUCAAAACAGCUUGUGUCAGUAAGUUGUUCCCAACAAGAUCCCACACUGUUGCUGCUCAGGGUGGUAUCAAUGCUGCCCUUGGAAACAUGCACAAGGAUGAUUGGCACUGGCACAUGUACGACACUGUGAAAGGCUCUGACUGGUUGGGUGAUCAGGAUGCGAUUCACUAUAUGACGAAGGAAGCUCCACAGUCUAUUUACGAAUUGGAGAACUAUGGUGUUCCUUUCAGCAGAAACGACGAGGGCAGAAUCUACCAAAGAGCAUUCGGAGGUCAGUCCAAGGAGUAUGGUAAAGGUGGCCAAGCUUACAGAACGUGUGCUGUGGCGGACAGAACUGGACACGCCUUAUUGCAUUCUUUGUAUGGUCAGUCUUUGAGACACGACACACACUUCUUCAUCGAGUUCAUGGCUAUGGACUUGUUGAUGCAAGAUGGCGAGUGUGUUGGUGUCGUCGCUUAUAACCAGGAAGAUGGUACUUUGCAUAGGUUCAGGGCUCACAAAACCGUUCUUGCUACUGGUGGAUACGGAAGAGCCUACUUCUCUUGUACCUCCGCUCACACCUGUACAGGCGAUGGGUAUGCAAUGGUCUCUAGAGCAGGAUUGCCUUUAGAGGAUCUUGAGUUCGUUCAGUUCCAUCCCUCAGGAAUUUACGGCUCUGGUUGUUUAAUUACUGAAGGUGCCAGAGGUGAGGGAGGUUAUCUUCUCAACUCCGAGGGUGAACGUUUCAUGGAACGUUAUGCACCUUCUGCGAAAGACUUGGCAUCCAGAGAUGUUGUUUCCAGAGCCAUCACCAUGGAAAUCAACGAGGGUAGAGGUGUGGGACCGGAAAAGGACCACAUGUACUUGCAGUUGUCUCACAUUCCUGCCUCGGUAUUGAAGGAAAGAUUGCCCGGUAUUUCUGAAACAGCCCAUAUUUUUGCUGGUGUUGACGUCACCAAGGAACCCAUUCCAAUUCUACCAACAGUGCAUUAUAAUAUGGGUGGUGUGCCUACUAAGUGGACUGGUGAGGUUGUGAAAAAGGGUCCCGAUGGGCAAGAUGAAGUUGUUCCAGGUUUAUUGGCCUGUGGUGAGGUUGCUUGUGCUUCUGUCCAUGGUGCUAACAGAUUGGGUGCUAACUCCCUUUUGGACUUAGUUGUCUUUGGAAGAGCUGUGUCUCAUACUAUUAGAGACUCUUUGACUCCAGGAACCCCACUUAAGCCUGUUUCGAAAGAUCUUGGGUUGGAUUCGAUUGCAAACCUCGACAAGUUGAGAAACGCCGAUGGCUCUAAACCCACUGCAGACAUCAGGGGCGACAUGCAAAGAACCAUGCAAAAAGGAUGUGCUGUUUUCAGAAUGCAAGAGACUUUGGACAAGUGUGUGGAGGAGAUCAACAGAGUUGACAAAGACUUUGCCAACGUUAGGACCACAGAUAGAUCGAUGAUCUGGAACUCUGACUUGGUUGAAACUUUGGAAUUGCAAAAUCUAUUGACUUGCGCCACUCAAACUGCGGCUUCCGCGGCAGCAAGAAAGGAAUCUAGAGGUGCUCACGCCAGAGAUGACUUCCCUGAUAGGGAUGACGUUAACUGGAUGAAGCACACUCUCUCGUAUCAGACUGAGUUUGGCUCUCCAGUGAAGUUGGAUUACAGAGAUGUCAUCAAAACAACCUUGGAUGAAAACGACUGCAAGCCUGUCCCUCCUGCUAAGCGUGUCUACUAA